AUGACGUUACGACACAGCUCCAGUUUUGCAGCCAUUUCCCUGACAGGAGUCAGAUGCACAGAGACUUCCAGUAGGAAGCCAGAAACAUCAGAGAACUUACAAAAGUCAAAAUCAUGGCCUUUGAGAACACAACUAGCUGAAAAAGUCAGUCCAAAGGCGUCCACAGCCGGCUCGAAACGGAGUAACCGUAGAAGUCCAGCUGAAUCGAUCAACACCACCAGAAGCAACGAUAGCAUUUUUGAAAGGACAAAUGGCUCACAGACAACAGCUCGAAAAACACUGACCAGAGCCACCACACCGCCUUCAACCAUCAGAGAACCCUUUGAGCCGGGAUGGUUAGGCAACACAAAGCUGGUCUAUAUCAUGGACGAAUUGAUCAACACAGAAGAGGCAUUUGUGACGUCGUUGCAAAUUCUCAGAGAUCACGUCAUUGAGCCUUAUCUCCAGAGAUGCAAGUUACGUGGAUGCCGUUGCUUUGCACUUGAGGUACUAGCACAGACUGCCUCGUAUAUUCUAGAGAUGCACAAGCUGUUGCUUCACUUGAGAGACCAGGAUUUCCUUGACAGAGUCACAUUUAAUCUUCGACACACCGAGACGUACGUGCGGUACUAUGUGAAUGCUGAUGCAUUUUCAUACCUUGUGUUGAAUGAAACCUCGAACUUCACCACUGAGUUCACCAAUUCUGUGCUCCACAAUCUUGAAAGCAAGAACAGUUCUGAAAACGCGGGCAAGCUUGACCUUUCGAUUCUUCUGUUGGUGCAAAAACCAAUGGCAAGAAUAGUGAAGUACCAGCUACUCAUUGCACUGCUUUCGAAGGCCAAUCCCGAGAACGAAAGCAUCAGACGGCUGCUCACAUGUGUCAGAAUGUCUCUUACGAAGAUCAACUGCAAGUUGGACAGAGUGGUUAACAGCACUGAAAGAACACAGUCACUUUCAGAGAUUGUGCGUUUUGAUCAGACAGCUGGCCAGUGUCCACUGUACUAUGGUCAAUUGAGAUUUGCAUCUGUUUCGUCAAUUGCCUGGCCAAAGUUCAAGAGAAGCUUGACUAUGCAGAAGACAGUGGCACUUCUCUUAUUCUUUGAAAGAAACUUGGUGAUCUGCGACUAUCGUUCUGGAAUGAGAAGAAAGACCCCACUCCUCGUUCUUCCGUACGACGCUUGCAGUAUUGUCAAGAAUCAUCAAGACUUUGAUGGUGGACUCACAUACCAUAGUCAACUGUGCAUCAAGCUUCGAUACCACUACCAAGAUUGCGAGUACGAGGCGAUCCUUGGCUUUCCCAACCUGGACGCCAGAGUCGAGGCACUUUCAUCGUUCCCAAAUGUGCCUCGGUCAAGCUUCAGUUAUGGAGUAGAGAGUUUCUUGCCUGAUACUGUUGCACCCAGCGAUAUCAAGAUUGAGUCAACUGGCGUGGCCCAAAGAAAAUACCAGCAAUGCUACUUUAGGAAGGUGAUCGAGUAUCAAGCAAGGGGGCCGCUGGAGAGAUUCUUCAAGUCAAGGACUAUGAGGAGACUACUUCGAAGCGAUUGA